AUGGCUCAGUUUGGUAUCACAUACUAUCGCGAUGAGAGUCCAAUAGAUGUUCUGAAUGCAAUACAGGUAAAAUAAUGAAAAGUGCUGCAAGAAAAUGGUUUUAUAUUAAUCGUGUCGGGUUUAACGUAUUUUAUCAGUAGAGUAGACGAGUCUCCAAUCAGCCAUCGAGGAGACUAACUGAUGUUUUCCCAUUUGCAGUUUGAACUUGAUAGUGCAAGGAAAUUAGUGGGAAUUCGAACAAUGCAGUUAAGGCUGCGAAUGCAUCAUGAUCUGUUGGUCACAAGGUUAGUGUUAGUUGGACGGAGACCAAAAUGCCAAGGCUAGGAAAACAAAUAGGAUGUAUAUACCAGUUAAUAUGGAGAGCAGUUUGCUAUAUACAAGGAGUAACUUUGUAUUGCUGUUGUUUCAGUUUUUUUGUUUCUGUCGUUUGUUUGUGUAUUUUUAGUUUUCUGCUUCUUUUGGCACGCGCUAGAUGCACCAACCCUGUUACUUGUUUCCACAGAGACCAAGUUCAUAGCAUCAUGACUUUGACCGAUUAUGAUGGUUUGCAGAAGAGGCGGCAUCGUGUUUUACAGCGACGUAUAUUUUUCUCAAAGGUGUGUAUGUCACUAGUGAAGUGAAAUCAAAAAAAAAUUCCUUUAUUGACGAGUAUUAUUAGUCAGAUUGUUAUUUAGCCUAUGGCUAUGCAUUGUGGCAGGAUAAGCUUAAAAACUGAGAAAUGAAAGCACUCCCUUUGUUAUGAACUAAAUAGUGCCCAUUAAUUAGCACUUUGUUGCUAGAUAUAUUGACACACAAAUAAAAGCGAUUUUUGGCCUUCAGGGAAGUAACUGGGUUUGGUCUAUCGAUGGAUAUGACAAGUUCCAGGCAUUUGGCAUUUACAUCCACGGUGCUAUGGAUACUUUCUCCCGACGCUUGCUUUGGCUAAGGGUUUACAAUAGCAACAAGGACCCAGCGGUGAUCGCUUCUUAUUUUUUUGAUUUCAUAACGGAAGAAAAAGGUACUGCGUGGUUAUUUAUUUUUUGGGUUUUACAAUCUUCCCGCCCUAAUUUAAUGGCUUUUUUUUAGUGUUUCCGGUCAGGACUAGAACGGACUAUGGUGUAGAAGCGUGUAUUCUCGCCCAAUGCCAGAUCUUUCUCAGAAGGCAACAUAGAGACGCCUUUGCAUUUGAUAAUGCUCACUACAAUGGCCGUUCAGAACUCAAUCAGGUUAGGCCAGGUACUCCUUUGAGUACUCGAAUAAGCCCGCGCUCAUUAGUUUCACUUGAUUGACACGAUGCGAUGAUCUAUUAUCUCCUCUUAGACAAUCGAGGCUUGGUGGUCUCGUCAGCGCCGUUACAAUUCACAGUACUGGCUCGAUGAACUUCAAGUAAGAAAUGUUUGAAUGACUGUGCACUGACAACUAGUAAUUGUAUUUGUGCCGCAGUAUUACUGUAUCUGCAUUCAAAGUUAAAACUGAAUCAUUUUUUUUUCUCAGACACUUCAAGAGAGUGGCCUUUGGGAGCGCGAUGAUAUUAUUGACCGGUAAGUGGAGGACCGACACCAAGAAUGAGUCUAGUUAUCCAUGCUGCAGUUAAUAAUGUUGGCGUGCGUUGUGUUUCUGGAAGAACGAACUAGCCAUGAUUACUAUUACAUGCACCUUCCACAACUGUUGUUUUUUCUCAGUGCACCUCCUGUCUAUUCAUAGAUGGAUAUUGCUGUACGUAUACAUUCCACUACUGGAAACGGAAUUGGCGGAUUUAAAAAUGGCGUACAAUGCCCACAAAAUAAGAAAACAGAAAGGAAAACUCAGACCGGAUGGUGUACCAGAUGACAUGUACUACUUCCCAGAGCGAUUUGGUAAGUAAUAGGCCUUUAGAUAGAUAAGUCAUGCAUCCACGGUCAAAGUAUUCACAAACUAUGUGAAAGGCUCUGUAAAGUAUCCUUGUAAUUGAUAUUUAUUAAUAUCAAUAAUAUCAAAAUUAAUUUGUUUUGAAGGUGGUCAGGAAGAAGGUUUUGUGCCAUCAGAUAAUGACCUGCAACGGAUUGCCACACAGCAUGGCCUGGGAAGGCCUCUUCCCGACUAUAUUCCAGAUGAAGUACGAACCGUGUCCAGCAAUUGGUGCAGAAGUCAUGGGGUCACUGUUACAGUUGCAAAUGCAGCUACUGUGUAUCAACAUUUAAGACAAUAUGUUAAAGAUAAGAUAAGUUAA